CGCAUAACACUUAACAAAUCUUCCGGAUCAAACCAACAUCCUUAACAAAAUCCACGCAGAGCAGCAAAAAGGUCGGCCAGCCCGGGCCCACAAAUACCUCCGCCAGACCGCCAACCUCGCCCCCACCCCAACGGCCCUCCCACGCAAGCGCAUCCCGCCUCGCUCCCACUCCACGCCGCGGCGGCCGCGCUCCUCCGCCUUGUCCCCAAAACCUUUCUCCCCGCACGCUCCCGUUCCCCAUGGGCAAUUGCUCCCCGUCCCCGCGCCGGCGCCGCCCGACGGAGCCUGGCUCCCCGCCUCUCCACCGCACCGUCUCCGCGCCCACCGUGACCGUCAACUCCACCACCUCCGUGUCCCCGUACGCGCUCGCCAGAUCCCCCUCCGUCUCCGCCGCAGCCGUCGACGCCGAGGACGGGAACGUCGUGCGCGUCUACGGCUCCGACGGCUGCCCCGUCGCGUGGCGCCUCCGCGUCUCGCUGCUCUACAAGGCCGCCGCGCCCGUCCACUUCACGCCCUCCGAGGCGGCCCCGCUCGGCCGCCCCGUGCUCCGCCUCUCCGCCGCCGACCCGGAGGUCUGCGGCCCCGCCGACGAGCUGCUGCAUCACGUGGACGCCCGCUUCGAGGGCAAGCCACGCGUCGCGCCGCCGGAGAGGUCCCGCCGGGCGUCGCCGGCGGCCGCGGCCGCGGAGGAGAUCGCCGAGCUGGUGCGGCUGCAGCACCUCAGCGCGGAGCGGCACCUCGAGGGCGUGGUGGCGAAGGUAGCCGAGAUGGUGAAGAAGGGGAAGAAGUCGGGGAAGGGGAGGACCGUUGUGGAGGGCGCCGAGGUGAGGAGGGUCGGCAAGUGGUACGGCGAUGCAAUGGAGGUGAUGCUGGAGCACGCCAGGAUGGAGGAGACGCUGAUCUUCCCUGAUCUCCAGAGUGCAGCGCGUCCAGGUGUGUGUGAUAAGGUUAACGAGCAGCAUGGGAGGCACCUGCCAAUGAUGAAUGGAAUCAAGGAGGAUAUAAAAACACUGCUGACGUUGGAAUUAGGCAGCCCCCUCUUCCAUGAGGUGCUGGUCAACCUCUCGGUUCGUCUCAAAACUUUGCAGGAUCACACCAAAGAGCACUUCAAGGAAGAAGAGAGUGAGCUGCUCCCACGAUUAGAAGCAGUAAGACGGAUGCAGCGGGAGGAGGGGAAAGUUUCUGACAAGUCUAAUUCUGCAUGGGCUUCUGAGGCGAUAGGUACAAUGGAGGUGACACACUCAACAAAGCUCUUCCCCUUCUUCAUGACUGGUCUCCUACCUCAGGAGGCUGUGCAAUACUUAGAUCUAGUAUGCCGAUGUACGAAAAGCACGCGGCAUCUGGUCUCCAUGCUCAGAUCCCUCGCGGAGCGCCUGGAAGAUGCAAACCCAUCAAUUAUUCACAACAACCCCACCAAACUGUAUGAGCAUCUACUUGUAAAAUCCCCAUAAGCUCAAAGCCCCCUCUGUGCAGCUACUCGGUGUGUGCCACUUAAAUUGUGAAAGCUAACCUUUUCUUUUCUUAUUUGGAGUGCAGCUAUGUAUUUCGGGUUUAUUGAGCGAUUGUGAAAGCGUGUAUAGCAUAUGGUGUUAUCCCCAGCGUGUGUUGAAAUGGGAAUGAUUGUUUCUGACUACUUCAGAUUCAGAGGUGGUUUCCGGUUGUAAUCUGUUGAUGCUAAUUCGACUCAGAAUGAAGCAUGAUCACGGCUUCAGGUGUUCAUAUC